GGUUAGGGUUUAACCAUAAACCACCAAAGAGGCUAAAACCAUUUCCAUCGUUUCACUCACCUCCUUCAACCACACUCUGUAAUGGCGGCCUUCAACCACUGCAAAGACCUCCGCGACAUCGCCUUGAAGCCUCGCUUGCUUCGCGCUGUCCAAGAACAACUACCGGAUGAAACCCGCCCGCUUCGUGACGCAUCUGAAGUCUCCUCCAUUGUUUCCACUCUCAAAAUCCAUAGCCUUCUCUGCGAAGAAUUCCCCCCUAAAACUGUCCAAAAGCAUGUUUCUGAUUGGAAUUCCUCUUUCGAUAGUUGGGUUGAUCGGAUUUUGAUGCUUUGUCGAAGCGAUAUGCCAGAUAAAAGCUGGGCUGGAGUGUGCUUGCUUGGAGUGACUAUUGUGGAAUGCAGCUCUGCACGCUUCCUGUAUUCAUACUCAAAAUGGUUUACUGUGCUCCUAUCACAUAUUCAGCCAUCUGGUGGAUCUUCACAAUUUGUCAAGGUAGCUUCAUGCGCUGCUGUGUCAGAUCUGCUAACGAGGCUUGGUGGAUUCUCACACCUAAAGAAGGAUGGGAACUCUUAUGCGGGAAAACUUGUCCAGCCAAUUUUGAAGAUGUUCAGUGAGGAUGUACCUGAAGCCGUGUUGGAUGUAGCAGCUCAUUUGUUGCUGACCAUCUUAAAUAAUUUCCCUCCUUCAGUUCAUCGCCAUCAUGAUAACGCUGAAGAUGUUAUUGUGUCAAAAAUCAUGUCUGCUAACUGCAAUGCCAACGUGUUGAAGAAACUAUCGAAUUGCUUAGCUUCGCUUCCUAAAUCGAAGGGAGAUGAGGGUAGCUGGUCUUUGAUGAUGCAAAAGAUUUUACUAACUCUGAGUGAUCUUCUGAAUAGCACUUUAGAAGGCCUUGAAGAAGAAACAAGACGUGUAGAGGCUGUUACAUUAUUGGUUCUGCCAGGAAAAGACCGUCCAUUGUCCUUGGGGGGAAAAGUGAUGGCAGGAAAGGCAUUAAACAGUGGAGAGAGGUCCCAGAAAAUGCUAAUAUCAUCCAUUUCUUCACUUGUGCAGUGUUGCUGCAUCAUGCUCACGAACUAUUAUCCUGUUCAGGUAACAGUCCCAGUUUGCCCAUUAUUGGCCAUAAUCAGAAGGGUGUUGAUGGUCAAUGGGUCUUUGCCAGACACCUUAAAGCCAUUUACGACUGCAAUGCAACAAGAGUUUGUAUGCUUGCAACUUCCUGUUCUGCACCUAAAUAUGUUGGAGAUUCUUGCAGCAGUUAUUAAGGGUUUACGCAGUCAGCUUUUACCUCAUGCAGCAGGCAUUAUGUGGCUGUUAAUGAAAUUUCUUAAAACAUGCUGCAUACCGGAGCUAAGAACUAAGGCUUACUCAAUCAUUAAAGAUUUAUUGAUCUCCAUGGGUGCUGGAAUGACAUUGUACAUCUCUGAGGAAGUCAUCGACAAUAUAUCUGUUGAUUUGAAGUUUGCUGAUUCUAACUAUGGUGGUUCCCCUUUGGAUGAGCCGUCAAUUGUUAAACCAUCUCAACAGUCUCGACAGAAGAAGAGAAAGCACGGAGCUUCAACUGGACCUUCAGAUGAAGAGCAGGCUUCAUUAUGCUCGGAAUCUAAAGACAGCCAGUCAUCAAUUGCUUUGAAAAUAGCUGCAAUAGAAACCCUGGAGGCUCUUCUAGUGAUGGGUGGUGCUUUGAGUUGUGAUAGCUGGCGUAGGAGAAUGGAUGAUCUUAUGAUAGAAGUUGCGACAAAUGCUUGUAAAGGGGGAUGGACCCAUUUUGAAAAGCAUUUCCAUUGUAUGGACACAAGGGUAAAUUGGGAGGAUUUCCAGCUCGUGGCAUUGCGUGCUCUUUUGGCUUCUAUUCUUUCCCCUGCUGGUUAUCGACCACCAUAUCUAUCCAAGGGCCUUUCGCUUUUCCUUAAAGGUAAGCAAAAUUCUGGAACCAAGGUUGCAGAAUUUUGUUCUCAAGCUCUUGUCUCUUUGGAAGUGCUUAUACAUCCUAGAGCACUUCCUCUGAUAGAUACCCAACUGCCAAAUAGCAAUAGCUACUCUUUUGGAAGGACAGAUUAUGGUGAUCCUAAAAACAAGCCACCUCAAAAGGAUGGCAAUUUGAGCACUGGCCACGACAGUUUGUGUGUUGUUUAUGACUAUCUAAAAGAUAAAUACAAGGAAGAAAGUCCUGAUACAGAAGUUCCUGCGUUUGAAACUCUCAAAGUUGUUUCUGGGGAUCAAAAUUACGAAGAGCCUAAUGUUGUCAAUGGUUUACUUGACAUUGCGAUGCCAAUGGAAACAGACGAAGUCUCAAAACCAGCUAACCUUGUCAGUAAAAUAGAAUCAAGUGUAAUGGUGGAUGUGCAACAUCAUGAAGAGUGUAAUAAAGCAUCUGUUUCCUGCGAUGAGACUGUUGUUUUACUAAUAAGCAGUUCACCGUCUGUUAAGAAGGGGAUUGAGAACAAUGUAUCAGAUGCUAAGGGCAUUUCUUCGACAACAGGAGUAGAUAAUGUAGCUAAUGCUCAUUUGGAUUACAACACAUUUAAGAUGGCAAUGAUAGACGAGGAAGAUGAGUUAUCCGAUUCAUUUCCUGAUAUCGUAGAUGCAGAUCCAGAUUCAGAUUCUGAGUAGAAAAUAUAUAGGAGAAGUAAAGCUCGUUUUCUGUUAGACAUUUGUUUAUGAAAUUAUUUUGAAAACUAUAUGUAUUUUUUGGUGCGAAGAAAAUGAGAUGUACGGAUUUCCCUUUAUUUAUUUCACGGCCCGUUUUAUU